AUGGAUCAUGAUCUAUCCUCCAGCGAUCGAUUUACUCGCCUUAGGGCUGCACGACGAUUAAAGUUGGGGCGAGAAAAGACAGAUAAUAUUCAACCCGUCGAUGAUAUCCGACCUGGGGGUAGUCAAAUCGAUGUUCAGGCCUCCGAGACAGAAUAUAUAGAUCUAGAGAGAAGGCUAACAGCCACAAGUGCCGAUGAUCACGAGAAUCAAUCGCUGAGGCCCGACUUAGAGCGGGGUGAUUCUUUGGCUGGCUCAGAAAUUACUGAAUGUUUUAGCUUAGAGGAUACGUUGAGAGGAAAAUGGUUGGUAGCAGAGCAGAGUGGUAUGCGUCCCAAGCAUAUUGGUGUCAUAUGGGAGAAUCUUAGUGUAUUUGGGUCGGGUGGCUCUUCAAAUUAUGUCAAGACAUUCCUCGAUGCCAUAAUAUCUUUUUUUAAUAUCAUCAGUACCAUCUCAGGCCUACUAGGAUUAAGGAAGAAUAAGAAAAAAGUCACUAUUCUAGAUUCUUUCCGUGGUGUUGCAAAGCCUGGCGAGAUGGUUUUGGUCCUCGGUCGCCCCGGCUCAGGAUGCACAACUUUUCUCAAGGUAAUAGCAAACCAGAGAUUCGGCUACACGAGUGUUGAUGGAGAGGUUCUCUAUGGCCCCUUCGAUUCCGAAACAUUUUCCAAGCGCUAUCGUGGCGAGACUGUUUAUAAUCAAGAAGAUGACGUUCAUUUCCCUACCAUGACUGUCGGUCAAACUCUGGAAUUCGCCCUCGACUCAAAAAUGCCAGGAAAACGGCCAGGGGGAUUGUCGAAAACUGAUUUUAAAGAGGAAGUCAUAAGAACACUACUGAAAAUGUUCAAAAUUGAACACACUAGAAACACCAUGGUCGGCGGUCCCUUCAUCCGAGGCGUAUCUGGGGGUGAACGCAAGCGUGUCUCGAUAGCCGAAAUGUUGGCUACUUCAGCAACUGUCUGUGCCUGGGAUAACUCUACUCGUGGCCUAGAUGCUUCAACUGCUCUUGACUACGCCAAGUCCUUGCGAAUAAUGACAGAUAUUUACAAAAUGACAACAUUUGUUUCACUCUAUCAGGCCUCCGAGAACAUAUACCGGCAAUUCGAUAAGAUUCUCGUGAUUGAUGAUGGACGGGAGGUUUUCUUUGGGCCUGCUAGCGAAGCACGUGCCUAUUUUGAGAAUCUGGGAUUCCGGCCAAAAUUACGAAUGAGCACUCCGGACUAUAUAACGGGCUGUACAGACAAAUUUGAGCGAGAGUAUGCUGAAGGUUAUUCGGCUGUAAAUGCGCCGCACUCCCCUGAAACAUUUGUAGCAGCAUUUAAUCAAUCGCGCCAAGCAGAAGAGCUCGAAAUAGAGAUGGCCCUCUAUCGACAACAGUUGAGGGACGAGACAAAGUCCCACCUGAAUUUCCAGACUGCCGUAGAAGACGCUAAAAUGAAAGGUGCCUCAAGAAAGUCUGUCUAUAAUGCUCCUUUCUACCGUCAAGUCGUAACACUCAUGUCCCGUUGUUUUCUUAUGAAAUGGCAAGACAAGUUUACCAUGGUUGUUUCAUGGGCAACUUCAAUUAUAGUUGCCGUUUUCAUCGGGACAAUCUGGUUAAGCCUACCUCAAACCUCAGCAGGUGCCUUCACGAGAGGUGGCAUCUUAUUUACAGCACUUUUAUUUAAUGCUUUUCAGGCCUUCGCUGAACUAGGACCAACAAUGACCGGUCGAGAUGUAGUUAAUAAACAGCGAGCUUACGCAUUUUAUCGGCCAUCGGCUAUGUGGCUUGCACAAAUUAUUGUGGACGUAGCUUUUGCCUCGAUAAAAAUCUUUGUCUUUUGCCUGAUUGUCUACUUUAUGUGCGGACUAGUACGAGAGGCUGGUGCGUUCUUCACUUUUUAUUUAGUUAUUGUAGUUACAUAUCUUGCAACGACUCUUUUGUUCAGAACAAUCGGCUGUGUCUCCCCCGAUUUCGACUAUGCAAUAAAAUUUGCUUCCACCAUGAUUAUCUUGCUUAUUCUCACCACUGGAUAUCUAAUACAGUACCAAUUUCAAAAACCCUGGCUCAGAUGGCUUUUCUACAUUAAUCCCUUUGGACUAGGCUUCUCAUCACUUAUGAAUAAUGAAUUCAGUCGGAUAAACCUGACUUGCACGGCUGAGUCCUUGACUCCAUCAGGUAGUGGCUACAACAACAUCUCCCACCAGGUAUGCACUUUGCCUGGGAGUGUAGCUGGUACUCUCGAAAUAUCUGGCUCUGAAUAUACUCAGAAAGCUUUUUCUUAUUACCCAGAAGACCUUUGGAGAAAUUUUGGGAUUAUAUUAUUACUUCUUGCUUUUUUCCUAAUCACCAAUAUGUUUUCUGGAGAAUGGUUGACUUGGGGGGCCGGAGGUAACAUUGCCACCGUAUUUCAGAGGCCUAACAAGGAACGUAAAGAACUCAAUGCUAAUUUGGUACAUCGACGCGAUCAGCGGCAUAUGGAAGAAGCUGAAAGCACGUCAAAUACCGGCGUGACUAUUCAUUCCAAAGCUACGCUUACGUGGGAAGAUUUAUGCUAUGAUGUUCCUACACCUACCGGGCAGCAACGUCUUCUUCACAAUAUAUUUGGAUAUAUACGUCCAGGAUCACUCACAGCACUCAUGGGAUCAUCAGGGGCUGGAAAAACCACUCUUCUCGACGUUUUGGCAGCUAGAAAGACUGUAGGUGUGAUUGGUGGGGAUAUCUUGGUUGAUGGGCUAAAACCAGGAACGUCAUUCCAGCGUGGCACGAGCUAUGCAGAACAACUAGAUAUCCAUGAACCGACUCAGACAGUACGCGAAGCGCUCAGGUUUUCAGCUGACUUGAGACAACCAUUUGAAGUUCCACAGUCGGAGAAGUAUGCCUAUGUUGAGGAAGUCUUAAGCUUGCUUGAAAUGGAAGACUUGGCGGAUGCUAUUAUCGGUGAUCCUGACACGGGCCUUUCGGUGGAGCAGCGAAAACGUGUGACUAUCGGGGUUGAGCUCGCGGCAAAGCCAGAAUUACUUCUGUUCUUGGAUGAACCAACAUCGGGCCUUGAUUCACAAUCUGCUUUCAACAUAGUUCGAUUUUUAAAAAAACUUGCCAAUGCUGGUCAAGCUAUCAUUUGUACUAUCCAUCAACCAAAUACAGCACUAUUUGAAAAGUUUGAUCGUCUACUAUUACUCCAACGUGGUGGUCGGACAGUUUAUUUUGGUGAUAUUGGAGAAGAUUUUAGUGUCCUUCGUCAUUACCUUGAGCAGCGUGGUGCGAUUUGUCCACCCGAUGCUAAUAUGGCCGAAUGGAUGUUAGAAGCUAUUGGUGCGGGUACAGGAGCCCAGAUUGGCAGCGGAGACUGGGCUGAUAUUUGGGCUAACUCGUCAGAAUUUGCAAGGAUUAAAGAAGAUAUUAUGCAAAUGAAGGCUCGCCGAUUAGAAGAAGUACAAGCCAAUGUAAGAAUGGAAGAGAAAGAAUUUGCUGCUCCAUUUCUCCACCAGAUGAAAGUAGUUCAAAGACGCACUCAUCUAUCCUUUUGGCGUUCGCCGAAUUAUGGCUUCACCCGCCUCUUCAACCACGUAAUAAUAGCUCUCAUGACGGGGCUAAUCUUUAUGAAUCUCGAUGACUCGCGGACAUCUCUCCAGUAUCGAAUUUUUGUUAUUUUCCAAAUCUCAAUAAUACCGUCACUAAUACUUACGCAGGUGCAGUUCAAAUACGGUAUUUCCCGAAUGAUCUAUUACCGCGAAGCAUCAGCAAAAAUGUAUGGCCAGUUCGUCUUCAGCUCCGCCCUAGUCAUUGCCGAAAUACCUUACAGCAUCAUUUGUGCACUAGCUUUAUUUCUUCCCAUCUACUAUAUGCCUGGCUUUCUUGUUGCGCCAGCACGUGCGGGCUAUCAAUUCCUCAUGAUAUUACUGAUGGAACUAUUUUCUGUGACUCUAGGCCAAUUUAUAGCAGCUCUAACGCCAAGUCCCUUCAUCGCAGGCUUUAUUAACCCUUUUGUUAUGAUAACUUUAUCUCUAUUCUGUGGGGUGACUAUUGCCCCUACCCAGCUUCCACGCUUUUUGCAAUGGCUCUAUCAGUUAGAUCCAUUCACGCGAUUAGUUGGUGGAAUGAUCGUGACGGAACUUCAUGGACGUACAGUCACGUGCCAAUCAUCGGAGUUGAAUCGCUUCACUGCUCCUCUUGGUCAGACAUGUGGUACAUACAUGAAAAGUUUCUUCCAAAACGGUGGCAAUGGCUAUCUAGUCAAUGACAACAGUAGUUCGUGCGAAUACUGUGCAUACAAGGUUGGCCAAGAGUUUUAUAAAAAUUUGCUCUUGGAUUUUAGUAACCGAUGGAGGGAUACGGGUAUCUUUACAGCAAUGAUUGGUGGUAACCUGAUCAUUCUAUUUUUGGCGUCUCGAUUUCUUAAUUUCAAUCGCCGAUGA